AUGGCUUCAAGAAAUCAAGGAUUCGCCAAUUAUCCUGGCAGUCGUAUUGGUAGCCACUUAUUAAGAGAUCAUCCAAUGCUUAUUCAUUUGUUAGCGCAUGAUCUAGAUGCAUACAAUGUCGCUGUUAGUGAUUGGCGCUCAUUAGGAAGUCGGUUAGGACUGCCAUUUGAUGAUAUUAUGUCCUACGAAAAUUGCAAAAGUCCAACUACUGCUAUGCUAAGUGAAUUAUCGGUGCGAUAUUCUAUAACUAUUAUUGAUGUGGUGCGUGCCUGUCACGGAAUUCAUGCCAGCAAGGCUUUACGUACCUUAUGGGACUAUGAGGAAGAAUUACAAGAACCUGGCAAAACUAUUAUUAUCAUCGUUUAUACGUAUGACUGUGAAUCGCCUGCACUUGGAUUGAAAAACAAUAUUUGUCGCCAAACACAUGAUCGUGUAGAUGUUCGACCGUUGGUAUACGAUAACGGUUUUGCGCUUUAUGACUCUAAUCGAAGAAUAUGGGAUAUGGCUCAGACAAUCAUAUUUAUUUGUAGCGAAGAAAAUCUCAAGCUUUACAGGGCUCAUCACCCGUUGUAUUACCUUUCUAAAAUGCCUGCAUCAAGCAAUUCCGAUUUACGUAUACCUAUGGACAACGAAAUGCACAGAAAUAAAGGUCGUAAUCCGCGUUUUUCUUUUGUACUUUGCAACGGAGUAUGUCCGCAAGAUUUUAUGGAAGUUUUUGGUGUCAGGCACUAUAUCUUUUAUUGGCAAUCGGAUACACUUAUAAAAAACAUUCAUUCCAUCGAAAACUAUCAGGCCCCAGCAAUAGGACCAAUUGUGCAACCUAGACAAAUACAAGAUUUCUAG